CAUGUCAUAACAAUAGCAGCUGAUCGUGGCCGGCUGGACUUUCUUUCUUUAUCAAAUUAGCAUUAUCAUUCCUGCAGUUUCCAGUAUUAUCCUAUUGUAACAACACGUACCCACCGCUGCAAUGGCUGAACAAGAUUUAUUCACAACCCGCAUGCGGGCCGCGACGCGGAAAAUUCACAACUUGAGUGAUACUCUGGUGAACGCCAAAUUUGCAAUUUCACUAAGGGACGAGGAAGUAUGGGGCAAGGGUCUGUUCGUGUUCUACCAUGUGUUUGCGUAUCUGGAAGACGCGCGGGCGCGCCUCGACCUCCCUGAGUUCAACAGCCUGUUUUGUAACAAAGUUCUGUUCAGGAAGUCAGCAUUCGAAGAAGACCUCCGUCACUACCUGGGCGAGGACUUCCAGUCACUGCCCAAGUCUCCGGCUCUGGAGAACUACCUGCAACACCUGAGGGACCUGGAGCGGGACAGCCCGGCGCUGCUGAUGGCUUAUGUGUACCAUCUGUAUCUGGGGCUGCUGAGCGGAGGACAGAUCCUGUCUAAGAAGAGGAAAAUGUUUGGCGACAAAAACAAUUCCACUAACGAAUACAAAGACAAAGUGACAGACUUCACGGGUUCUGAUAUCUCACAAAUAAAGAACGACUUCAAAGCGGCCAUGAACAAAAUAGCGGAAUCGAUGUCAGCCGAAGAACAGGACGCCUUUAUCGAAGAGAGCAAUCGCGUGUUUCUCAUGAACAAUCUGAUUGUCAACUCUGUGGAAGGUCAGAAUAAGGUUCUUUAUAACUUGAUGAUGAAGACCACUGCUGUUAUUUUGGCUGGUGUUGCUGUGUAUUUUGCUUAUAAAAUGAAGUAAAUAGUAAUUAAUUUGUUUUCUUAAUGUAGUAAGCACAUUUUGUUCUUAUGUUAUGUUAGUAGUUUUCACUAAAUAUCUUGUUAGGUAUGCUUUUUAGCGCAGUUUUAGGAUUAGGUUAUGGCUGUGCAAUAUGUUUAUAUAAGGAGGAAGAAAUUAAAAUUUAUGUAGAGAUUAUAAGUUUGUAGGUAUUUGCUAGGAAUCCACAUCAUACAUAAAAUCUCAAAUAAAUAACACUGUAGGAUUUGACUUAGGUAAAAAAUGCUUAAUAAGUAAAAAGUUGUGUGUUGUUAUUAGAUACCUAUGUAGAAAAGAAGCCAUUUGUUUGCGAACACAAUAUAAUAUUUGUGUAAAUUAUUUAAGUUAGAUACUUAAUCGUGUCAUGUACUUCAUAAGCAUUAUCUUCUUCCAAAGUUUAAUAAAGACUGUAA